UACACUUCCCGUGAGGCAGUGCGCAAUCCCACCCCGUUCGCGGCGUCUUCGAACGCGCCGCGGCAGCCAUGUUGGACGUGGCCAGCACAGGAGCCGGCGCCAGGGGAUCAUCGCAAGAGCCGUAGCGAUGCUGGGGUCCCUGGUGUUGAGAACAGCGCCCCAGCCGCGGCUUCUCCUCCGACUGCUCAGGCCGCAGUCCCUCCAGAGCCGUGGACGUGCCUCUGGCCGAGCCGUGACCACCGGGAACCGCGGGGAGCCGCAGUGGCUGAGGGCAGCCGCCGGGGGGCGCCCUGGAGCAGGGGCAGCCGCCGCGGGGAGCCGGAGAGGACGCCCCGAGACCCAGCGCCUCGCGGCCGCCUCGUGCCAACACCUGCCUAGCCUCGAAGAAGCACUUCCAGGACAAGACAGCUGGAAUGGGGUCCCCAACAGAGCCGGACUGAGCGUGUGGGCGCUAGCCACGGCGCUGGUGGUUCAUUGCUACAGCAAGAAUCCAUCCAGCAAGGAUGCAGCGCUGAUGGAAGCUGCUCGGACCAACAACGUGCAGGAAGUCAGCAGGUUAUUGUCAGAAGGUGCAGAUGUCAACGCAAGGCACAAACUUGGCUGGACAGCGCUCAUGGUGGCUGCCAUCAAUCGGAAUGACAGUGUGGUGCAGGUUUUGCUUGCUGCAGGAGCUGACCCAAACCUUGGGGAUGAUUUCAGCAGUGUUUACAAGACCGCUAAGGAGCAGGGAAUCCAUUCUUUAGAAGAUGGGGGACAGGAUGGUGCAAGCUGGCGUGUCACAAACCAGUGGACAAGUGCCCUGGAGUUCAGGAGGUGGCUAGGAGUUCCUACUGGCGUUCUGGUCACCCGAGAGGAUGACUUCAACAACCGGCUCAACAACCGUGCUAGCUUCAAGGGCUGCACGGCCCUGCACUACGCCGUCCUUGCCGAUGACUACCGCACUGUCAAGGAGCUGCUUGAUGGAGGAGCCAACCCUGUGCUGAGGAAUGAAAUGGGGCAUACGCCGUUGGAUUACGCCCGGGAAGGGGAGGUGAUGAAGCUUCUGAGGGCAUCUGAGACCAAGUACCAGGAGAAGCAGCGGAAGCGUGAGGCUGAGGAACGACGCCGCUUCCCCCUGGAGCAGCGACUGAGAGAGCAUAUCAUUGGCCAGGAGAGUGCCAUCGCCACUGUGGGUGCUGCGAUCCGGAGGAAGGAGAAUGGCUGGUAUGACGAAGAACACCCUCUGGUCUUCCUCUUCUUGGGAUCGUCUGGAAUAGGAAAAACAGAGCUUGCCAAACAGACAGCAAAAUAUAUGCACAAAGAUGCCAAAAAGGGCUUCAUCCGACUGGACAUGUCUGAGUUCCAGGAGCGGCACGAGGUGGCCAAGUUCAUUGGAUCCCCGCCAGGCUACGUUGGCCAUGAGGAGGGUGGCCAGCUGACUAAGAAGCUGAAACAGUGCCCCAAUGCAGUGGUGCUCUUUGAUGAGGUGGACAAGGCCCACCCAGACGUGCUCACCAUCAUGCUGCAGCUGUUUGAUGAGGGCCGGCUGACAGACGGAAAGGGAAAGACCAUCGACUGCAAGGACGCCAUCUUCAUCAUGACCUCCAAUGUGGCCAGCGACGAGAUUGCACAGCACGCGCUGCAGCUGAGGCAGGAAGCCUUGGAGAUGAGCCGCAACCGCCUCGCUGAGAAUCUCGGGGAUGUGCAGACCAGUGACAAGAUCACCAUCUCAAAGAACUUCAAGGAGAAUGUGAUCCGCCCCAUCCUGAAAGCUCACUUCCGGAGGGACGAAUUCCUAGGACGCAUCAAUGAGAUUGUCUAUUUCCUCCCCUUCUGCCACUCGGAGCUCAUCCAGCUCGUCAACAAGGAACUCAACUUCUGGGCCAAGAGAGCCAAGCAGAGGCACAACAUCACACUGCUGUGGGACCGCGAGGUGGCUGACGUGCUGGUCGACGGCUACAACGUGCACUACGGUGCCCGCUCCAUCAAGCACGAGGUCGAGCGCCGAGUGGUGAACCAGCUGGCGGCUGCCUACGAGCAGGACCUGCUGCCGGGGGGCUGCACACUGCGCAUCACUGUGGAGGACUCCGACAAGCAGCUGCUCAAGAGCCCCGAGCUGCCCUCAGCCCAGGCAGAGAAGCGGCUGCCCAAGCUGCGGCUGGAGAUCAUCGACAAGGACAGCAAAACCCACAGGCUGGACAUCCAGGCCCCCCUUCUCCCUGAGAAAGUGUGUCACAGCCUCUAGCACCACCCAGCGCCUGUCAUGCCCUCCACCUCCAAUAAAGGCCCCGUGCUGUGACACAGCCCACC